AUGUUUGGACGCACCCCCACUUUCUCCCCCCCCGUUCCUGAAAGAUGCAAUUUCCUCCAAUUCUGGGGUCGGGGCUCUCCUGGCAGCCGUUAUUCUUUGCUUCGACCUCAACGUUUCUCGCAGUUGUCAGAAGCGCGAGACGCUCGCGCGAAGAGAAAGGACGAACAUGUGACUGAGGUGAUCGGACACAGCAGCCACGUCACGGUCUACGCCUUGGAUGUCAGCACCAAGGCUUGGGAGCGGAAGGGGAUGGAGGGGAGUCUUUUCGUCGUCCGGAGAAAAAGUCAUCCGCACUUCAUGAUGAUGGUCUUGAACCGGCUGGGCUUCGACCACAUGUCCCAGGGCAUCACGCAGUCCUUCAAGGUGCACAGGCUGGAGGACUACCUGAUGUUCUCGUGCAAGACGCCGUGCUACUUCGGAGACAAGCCGUCCCCCAAUGGUCACCUACACGGGGUUUGGUUCCACAGCCCCGACGAGCGUGACCAGAUGCAAGCUCUGCUCGAGCGCAUCAUGCAGGUCCAAAACGCCGACGGUGCGAGGAGCAGCGGCAACGGUCCGGCGCCGACGUCCUCGUCCUCUUCGUCGUCGCAGUCGGCGUCCGAAGCCCCCGAUCAGCAGCGAGGGUCACAGCAGCAGCAGCAGCAGCAGAGGACGCACACCAACGGCAACGGCGGCAGCAGACAUCAACCACAACAACCGCAGCCAGCCCCACCACCACAACCUCCUCAACAACCCCAGGUUCGCCGGCACAACGCUGCGCAGACCCCUGCGUCAGCAGCAGCGGCGGCGGCGGUGUCGCCCCCGCCUGGGCUGCCGCACCCGCAGCAGGCAGGGAGUUCCCGGGCAGGCGUUGUUGUGGACAGGAUGUCCGGUUCUUCGGCGGCAGCGUCGGUGUCAACAUCGGCCGCGCCGGUGGCGAUCGCUCCGGACCCCUUGAUCCGAACGAGCGCGGAUGCGGCGAGCAUGCUCCUCACGCCAUCGCAGUUGCUGCUAUCGGCGGAGAACAGCAGCACCACCAACAGCAGCGGCAGCCGUUCUUCGUCGGCUGCGAGCCAGCGGGGAGGCGAUGGCAUCACCAACAGCGGCACUGCUGCUGCUGCUGCGGGCGGUGCAAGGGCAGCAGCGGGCCAGGCAGCAUCUGCGGCGGCGGCGGUGAAACCAAGAAAAAACGGAGAUUCCGCUUCCGCAGCGCCAGGGGUAGCGGCCGAAAGCUCGGAGGCGAGAGGCGCCGACCGGAGCGGCAAGCCGCGUGGUGGUGGCGGUGACCGUCAAGUGCAAGGCCGGAACAGCGGCAACUUGGCCGCCGCUGCUCCUACUGGUACUGCAGCUGGCGACGGAAGGCGGCGAGCAAGCGACGCGCCGGCGGGUGCUGGCGCGAAGGCGACCGGGCCUUCUGUCACCGAGAGAAGCGACGGAGGCGGCGGCGGCGGCGGCGGCGGCGGCGGAAACCAGGCAAGCCAGGAGACAGCGGUGGCGGGAAGCGGCGAGGGCGGGGCCAGCCGCGGUGGCGAUGGGCAACCCGCCGGCCUGUUGGACAAACGAGCGCUCCAGGUAACCCUCAUGUCACUCAUGGAAGACGACCGCUUCGUGGACAUGCUGCACGCUCGGUACCUGGCGCUCAUGAGGAGGCGGGCCAGCCGAUGAUGAUGGCGGUGGUGGCGUCAUGGCCAACGCGCACCAUCAUCGGCAGCUUUUCCUGCUGCCUCUGUACGUUUAUUGUUUCUUCGCUGUUGCCGCCGGGAGGUGCUUCGGCAGGCGUUCGUUUCUUGCAUCCCCCGGGAAGUCAUUGAGGGGGGCCGUGCUAUUGCGUUGGAGGUGGUUCGGCGGGUAAAUGUAGAACAGGGCCUAGAGGCGGCGAAGUCGUUGCGAGGAUCGCUCGAGCGGAGGGUAGUUCGCAAGCCAAGCGCACGCUCUGUUCGGAGCAAUGGUCGUACGAGUCAUGCGCGUGUAUAGGUUGGCAAGUUCCGGUACCAUGCAUUUGUGCACAAAAUAUCACCGUGCUCCGAAAAUUUACUUGUGCAGCGUACGUAGCACCAAACGUGGCGAAAGCCUGGCAAUGAUGGCGAUAGGUGCUACGCAGCUUUUGAGUUGUAUGAAAAGUAUUGUAUGACGACGGCGUCCGGGAGCAUGACGGCAGCCUGGUGGGCAGGCAUCUAGUGUCUGAUGUGUAGUAUUGCUGAGGUGAUUCUGUUGUUUGUGUGGGUACCUCGUAAACUUGCUCGUGAUGCUUCGAAAAAUGUUGCUGGACACAGCGGUGCCUGAUAGUCGACGCCGUGGUGUUAUGCAUAGGAGAGGGGGACCAGGCAGACUGGUGAGUAGGGCAAUGGACGCGAUUGGACGUACGCACACAAGAUGUGUUGCUUAGUUUGAUUCGGUGCAAGCCUGUGGAGUCGCGAUCGACGAACUCACGUUUUCAAACCAACGACUACACCUUUGGUGGGGGGCGAAUUUGCAUAUAUAUCUCCCGCCUUAGAGAGAACGUACCCCGUUGUCGAUAGCUAUGGCGGAGGUGCGGCUACUACUGUGACGAGCGUCGCCAACGUGGGCUUGAAUGAGCGCGACUUGUUCCGUGCAGAUAUCGAAGCUCCAGGAUACAAGCGCUGACAAUAUAUGACGAUCAUGUUUACUUAUUACCCCAAAGGAGUGAACCCGCCGUGGAUGACAUCACAUGUCGACCAGGCAAUCAGAAAUUUCCUUUCAAAAAAGCUUUCAGUUUUCAAGCUUGUCAGUUUUUUAUUUUUUCUUAUUAAGACACAACGAAUCCAUCUCG